AUGCAAAACGACACACCACAUCCACAGCAGGUCUCAACACCCGCGCCCAUUCCACCGAUCAUAGUCACUGCGCCUGAGACACACAUCACGCAUACUCCAAAGAAAGCCACCAGAAAGAAGCCAAUGACGACGUCAAAUAACCUAACUGUGUUCGAACCUCGACUUUUCGCUCUCAUGCCGGAAGCCGUAGCGAAAGAGCUUAUCAACACUAUGCGCUUGAUCCUCACAGUAGGCGGUCGUAAACAGCGUCUGCUUAAUGUGAGGAGGCAGAAGAUUAAAGACUUGCUUCAGAAGCUAAACAACAAUGAGGUCAUCAAGGUGUACAGUGAAUUUGCGAGUGCGCACGAGCAGGCGGAGGAGAGAUUGACGUUCAAAUUGCCCUUGAUCGAGGAACUAGAUGGUGGGGACGAGGAGGUAAAGGAGCUUGAGGAAGCGCACGAUGACAUUGAAUCUCAUGACGCACAAGAGGAGACUAUCGAAGAUCAAGCUGCUUUCAACAGUAAGAUGCAGGAGAAAAGUGGACUCGGAGUUACCCAGAAUCCAGAUGUCGACAUGGAAGGCAUACCUUCACCAACACUACAAGGUUUUGCGACUCGCUAUGUCAACUCAGAGACAGCGCCUUCGCCGUCAGUACUAACGCUGCAGCUUCCCCUAAUCAGGCCUAUAGGUGUAGCGUGCGAGAAGCACACCAAUGGCACCUGCACGGUUAUACCAAUCCAGAACCCGGAAGCUUUCCCUAAAAUGGACAUCCAAGAGGUUCAAGCCAAGUACUACCCAGCCGCACGCUUUAUCGACAUGUGCAUGCACCGUGAUGAGAACAACGAGGUCACCCAAGUGACAGCGACUUUGGAUAAGGGCCCAGUCGACCAUCUUAUCAUCAAUGAUACACGUAUCAUCAAUUUACUAGGUCUCCAUCAAUCACCAUACGAUACGAUCUGUCUCCAGCACAAUCCUCGCUUCGACGAGACAUACCAGAUUCAUGUCCAGCCAGGUCAAGCACCGCAUAAUCCGAAGGCUUGGAUCGUUGGCGAGCUGGCAUCAGCACGGCACCCAUAUCUUUACUGGUUGGACAGCCGGCAGAACAUAGACCCGAGAGCACCACCUAUCGCAGCAGAAAUUAAAACUUUGGCACCUAAGAUAGGUCGUAGGGCCUGGGACGUCUGGAGAGAAAUUGAGAAGUAUUGGAACCUGGAGCAGGGUAGUGGUGGUAGGCAUUACCGAGAGAACAGGAUGGUGUAUCUGGGGAAGGAUCCGACGUAUGGCAAAGGUGAAGAAAGAAGGUCGCGGAGGAGUAUGUGGAGGUAA